AUGGCAUUCGCAGGGGAGGAGGGGAUGCCACGCGAUUGGCCUUGGGUAUUGCAGGGCCUCGCUCACCGUCGGUUUGGCCAAGGAACAGGGUGCCCUGUGGAUAUCCUCGAGACCAUUAUCUACUAUGAUGGAUCCCCCGAGGCGCUCUACUACACCAGCGCGGGGCGCGUCGUGUCCAGAGCUAUCGCAGAGGACGAGGGAUGCAUCACAUUUGCCAAAGCCAUGGCGCACCUUCGACCUUCGAAGAAGUAUGUUGGUGCCCUGGCCGAUGCUAAUUCUUCCGGUGCGGAAGGCGGCGUCGGGGUGAACGGAGCUGUGGCCUUCACGUCAGCCGGAGAAGCUAUCCCCGUCAAGACAGUCGACUUGGGGAAGAUCCGCAAGGCCCAGGGCACCCCUCCCACGGGUCGAGAGGAUCGGAGGGAACCGAGGGCAGAAUCGCAUCGACGAGCACAAACUGCCAUGUCACCGGCCGAAGCUGGCGGCAGCCAAGGGACGCUUGAUGCCGAAGAGUGGGGGUUCAAAACCGAAUCACCCUCUAGCACAGUGCGUGGCGCGAGGAGGCCACAAACUGUGUCGACGGAAUGUAGCAGGGCGGAGGUGGCUUCCACUUUCAGCACAGUUCAGGCUAGGGGAAACCGGACGGAUGGUGGAGCCGGGGCUGUCCGUGAUAUUGGGGUGACAUUUCAUGGCUUUGCUGCACCAGGGGAGCAUGAUCCGAGAGAGAUUGGGCGUACCGCGGCAGCCGGACGAGCGCUUGGGAGUAGCCAGCUCGCUCGCAUGUGUCAUGGGGACUUCUGCGACACAGACUUGCUGGAUAAGAUUCAGCAGCAAGCAAGGUUUGAGCGAGAGGAAACCGGAAACGGAUCACUCAACCUCGCCGCUCCUCUCCACCCCCAUCCGUCUUCGGGAAGGACAAGUGAAAAUCCCAAUGGCAGCGCCGGCACGAGCGCGUUUCGAACGAAAAUCCUCAAGCUCGACGAGGCUGCUCUGCAAGACCACGGCGUGCUGCCAGCUGACGGUGGGCUGGUCAAAGGGAGUCACGUCACGGAGCAGCGAUCGCCACGCAAGGGCAGGGGAAUGACAGACACCGCUAGAAAGGGGACAGGGAUCGAUGGCACUUCUCGACGAGGCGGCGGCGGUGGGAGGCUUUCCCGACGAUGGGAUUCGGCAGUCGACAAAGGAAAAGAGGCGCAGGCGGAGUGGAACGAGAUCCCGUUUUCUUGGAUAGUUCGGGGGAGGCAAGAGAGUCACCUGAUUGAUCAGCAGCUGCGUCGAUACCGCAGGGGGAACAAGGAGCCCUUCGUGGACCAUCUCUCCGGCCUCGGCGAGAGCUCGGUGUCGCUCGGCGCAGUAUUCCCGGCCACCUACUACAGGCCCGUUCGGGUCUGCGGCAAUUGCUACCGUGUCUAUAGCAUGGUAGACGAGGCCAGAACAAAGUCCGUGAAGCGGCUCGAUGCGCAGGCGGCGGCAGCCGCAGAGGAAAUGGGGACAGGGUUAUCAGCAGACCUGGGUGUACAUGGUAGCAAUGGCAUCCGAGGACAGCAUCAGCGAGCCCCGAAAAGAGCACGAAGUGGGGCCGGAACGCGGCGGGAAGAGUGGGUGAGUCGUGUCCAGAGUAACGCGUCUCGAGAACAAGCGGCGGAUGCCCAGAUUCGCGGUGGCAGCUCAAGUUGGGGCGUCUCUCAGCCGCCUGACAACACCCAGAUCUCCUCCACUGCUCAGGGUGCUUAUCUUGGAAAGAGGAUAGAGGAAGAAGAGUGGGAGCGACAGAACGAAACAUCGGUGUCCGGAGAAAGCCGUGCUCUAAUGCGCGCCCAGGCCGCCAUUGACGGACUCACCCGGGGAGAUAUCUGCGAGCUCCGGUCGUUCGCCAAGCCCCCGGCGGCGGUUAACAUGGUGACGGCCGCGUUGAUGAUCGCACUAACCGGACAAGGAGAACCCACUGCCGCAGGUUGGCUGUCCGCGAGACGGUACAUGAUCAACGUUGACAAGCUUUUCGCAGCGAUUUCUGGACUGAACCUAAGCACCCUUAGGGUUUCCCAGACAAGGAAGUUGGAGACUUACACCAGGAACCCGGCAUUCCGACCGGAAAUCGUUGCGUGCGUGUCGCUCCCGGCGUCAAAGAUAUGUGCCUGGGUUCUUGGAGUCCUGAACACACCGAUCUCACGCGAGCAGGAAGCUCAUAGAUGGCGCACGGGCAGAGGUCACUCGCGUAGCAGCACGCUUACGCAAGGACCGGGACUGGAAGACAACAUGAGCAAGGGGGGCCGCCACCAACAGAAGCAUAGCUUGCCUUCUUCGAUACCCCCAUUCCCCUCGGCCUCCUCGGUGGCCCAAGCACAACCCAACAGCACGCCGCUGUUUCUCGCACGAGAUCGACUUCCUUCGCCGAACGGCAAGACUGAUGGUGACGUCGCUAGCACCCGCCCUUGGACGAGUUCUACUACGCCGUCACGGGUUACGGUUGCGCUUGGCCCAACUGUGUACCCGUUUCCCGCUUCGGGUACCCUCGCCACCACCGCCACCGCUGCUGCAGCUGUCAGUACUUCUUCGAUUAGUAAGCACCAGUGCUCGAAAGGCCACCUCGUGGGUGGCGUUAGUGGCGAGGCAAGGCCAAACACUACUGUAGGCUUCAACCCCCGACGCCUUCCGCAGCCGGCACUGCCACCGCAAGCCUGGAUUCCAGUCGGAGUGGGGUCGGGGUGUGGUUCCGCCGCAACGACAGUGAUUGGGUCACCAAGCCGCGCAGGAACUGCCCCGGGUUCGGGCUUGCGCAACACCGGGAACAAAAGCACGGCUGCUGCGGUGGACAGGAACGGAAGUUCGCGCCAGCCAGCGUCGGGUUCGGGCGUGGGGGGAGGGAGAGGGCAGACCACGAGGGCGGGCCGAGCGGCGGCAAAACGCCGCCAGGACCGGGUGGGUGAGAGGCUCGCGAACGCCACGGCAGCGGCGCCUGACCCGGCCGGUUUCGAAAGAUCCGAGUUUUUGUGUGCGGAUGGAGCUACGCUCAUGCCGUACGCCGUCGUUGGAACUGGAGCGCCCUUGUUGUCGGCGCCAGAGUUGGGGGGCACUGAAGGGGGGUGGGGGGAGCAAAACGGCGGCGACGGCGGCGAGAAAGACUGGGGGCCCGGCCAAGAGGCGGGCAAGGAGAACGGGGGGGUGUUAAGUUUCGUGGUGGUUCACGACUUUUUUGAUACCCUGGAGAAGACAUUUCUGCUUUUCAAGCCGCUCGUUCUUAAGUAUCCGGGGUGUCAAGUGCUGUGCUUCAACUCACCGGGCCAGGCUGGAACUCACCUUCCGCCCGAGCCUGAAGGCUUGCUUACCAAUGUCUGGGUUGCGGAUAGGCUGGACGAGCUGAUGCAGCACGUGGACAACAUGGGCGAGAUGCCACUAUCGGACCGGCCUUUCCACCUGCUGGGGAUCGGAAACGGCGCCAGCAUCGCGGCCGCCUUCGCCUGUCACCAUGCCUCCAAGAACAAAUGGAAACCAACUCUGAGGUCCCUUGCGUGCGUCAACGGCUUCGCGACUGUGGACGCACAGCUUGCGGCGGUGUUGCACUCUGCGCAAAGAGCAUUUGAGUGCUUCCCUCCCGAAAGACCCGAUCUUCCAAUCUCCUUUUGGAGCAGGUUUGUUUUCAGCGAGGGCUACCUGAAGUCCAUCGGGUCAGAUCUUGCCCUCAAUAUUCUGUGCGCUGUAGCGAACCCGCUGGGCGUCGAGGGCAUGCUCCGCAUCGUAAGGGGCGCUCUCAGAAGCCGCGACCUGACGAAAGAUCUCAAGGCGAUGGCGCUACCUCUUGUGCUCAUCCAGUCGACCGACAACGUGCUCAUUAACGCGGCCAAUGUCGACCCUUUCCUGGAGGGGCGCCGUCCCCGCCACGUCUGGUCGCAUCAGCUUCGUCUAGGUGGCACUCCCACGGUCAACAACGGCGGCAAUGCCGCUGGGAACCGCGGGGAAAACGCCGUUUCCUGUCUAGGCCCAGGAGGCGAGCUGGCGCUUUUCGAGUCGCUGUCGGCCGGCGCCGAGGGCGCCUUCGUAGCGUGGGUGAAGGGUGGCCACGAGACGCGACAAGAGUGCAAGCGGCUCGUCGUGGACGUGCUGGAUCUACUUGCUGCUCCGGGUGGGCAGGAGGCCAGCUUCUUCCGGCGAGGAGGAGGGGGGAAAGAGGGACGGGCAGGGGGAGGAGAUGGAGGAGAGGAUACGAACUCGGUAAUGGAAGGGGUGGUGGGUGUUGCCCAAGGUGAGGCAGCCACUGUGGAACGAGACGGGACGUCGGGGCCGGCAUACGGCUACGCAUCACUGCGGAAGAUCAAGGAGCGAGAACCCCUCCCUGAGUUCCCGAGGAGUUGUGGUAGGAGAACCCGCCCACUGAUCCGAGGCGGUACAUCGCCGGCGGACCGAGCUUCGUCGAGAACAAGGCCGUCCUCUCGAGCGUUCACCGCUCCUGCUUCACCCGGAAAGCGUUCCCGAAAGCAACGCGAUCACGAUCGUGAUCAUCGAUCGGGAUCGUCAGAGAGUCUACAAUACCAUAGCCGUGAGGGCCAGGGGUCCGGUCCAUCGCCGUCCCGCGCGGGAUUGUCGGAGGGUUUCGAUGGGGACGACCCCUUGCACCAGGACAACAACAUCGGUGGCGGGGUCCUCACGCUCGAUGAAGCCAUCGCGGACUUCGACGACGCCCUUCGCGAUCACCGCAACAAACGAAGGGGGCUUGGGUCAACACUACCGGUGCCCUCGCUGGCUUCCCCAGGGAGGAACAGUACCACCGAAGCAGGGGAGCGUGGUAGCCGUUUACAGGAGGGACCUGGUCGGGCGAUGGGUUCUCCACUCCACGAGACGGCGGCAACCAGCUGGUUCGACGGGGAAGCGACGUCUUGGGCGACCGUGGAUCUCGCCAAAGGUAACGACCCUCGGGCGCCGCCUGCAUUGGACGAACAUCGGAGGGACAUGCCAGCUGGAAAUACGAGCAUUACCACCCGAGAUGGCGGCGCAACAAGCCCUGGGAUAACCCAGGUGACCUGUACCACGCAGAAGGCCGGUGAACCACCUACAACACCGCAAUCCGGCCACGCCGACGUGGGUGGUUUCAAAGUCGAGCUCAAAUUGAACCAGGACGCGAUUGGCGAUUCCGAGGUCGGUGAGACGACACCGCCUGGCACGGAACACGGACGCGCGCCGGACUACCCUGCGUCCACUUGUCCUCCGCCUGGGAACGAAGAGACCGGUACGGGUGAAGGAAGAAUCAUCGCUUCUCAAGGUCUCCAAGACACGCAGUCACUAGAACCCGUGGGUUCCAGACUCGCCGCUAGCCCUCUCGAGAGCACCAGAGUGGGUUCUCCCGGCGUGAAUUCUGGAAACAAUGUUCCGGCGGCGGAAGGGAGAGGCGAAGAAGCCGGAAUGCCGGAGGAAGUGGUUGACACCGGGGAGCCAAGCGCGACCGACGGCCCUCUAGGUUUGCUACCAGCCGAUCCAUCGCGGCCGCCCCCGCCGUUACCGAAUACCCAGGGUAUUGCGACACCUGGUGUGCGUACUUCCUCCCAAGGAGGGGGCGGGGGAGUCGUAGCAGGCGCCAAGGGUGUUCCCUUGACGCAAGAGGAACAAGCAGCAACAAGCGACGACCCAGGGACGACGAUGAGCGAGAACGGGGUCGAGAUAUGUUCGAUCGAUCCACCGUCGGCUGAGGAUCAAGAACCUACCCUGUCCGGCAGGAGCAAAGCGGCUUCUACUACGCUACCAGAGACCACCAAAAUCACUGCUGACACUAAAACCAACGCUGGCGCUGCGGUAGUCACCGCACCACAAAUCGCCCAAGCCAUGGAAUGUCCGGACCCCAUCGCGACUCCGGAGCAGCGAACGGUCGGAGACUGGAUGCAGGGAACCGAACACAGCACCGCCGCGAGCAACGGGAGACCCCGCCGACUGCCGGAACCGCUUGCGGUAGCGGUUGCGGAGGCCGAGCUCGCGGACAAGGUUGACAAGCUGCAGUCCAAAUGCCUCGCAGCCGAGCGCGAACAGAACGAGGCACUGAACGAGGAGCGCGCUUCGAAAUUCGGGAGAGAACGCGCCGCCCGCGCCGAGGGUCUCGCCGAGCAGGAUAGGCUAACUCUGGAGGCCGAGAAGCGGCGCCUCGCGGAGCUGCGGCGUGAGGCCGACCUCGGCCGUCUGCAGCGCGGCGCCGAGUUCCACGAGAAUGACGAAGUGCCGGCGGUGGAACCAAGAAGGUCGGCGGCGGCGGAGACGACGGGGGCCACGCCUAUGCCCGUGAGGGGCAUGCGCCCACAGCACUUUACCGAGCAGGAAAAUCUCCCGGAGUCAAUAAAGAACAGCCUCGACCGUCCGGCGGACAAGGUGCUCGACGAGAUGCAGCGGCUGGAAGCACGGGCGAAGGCCGCCGGCGGCAGCGGGAUGACCUUGGAGGCGUUCGAGAGGGUGGAGCAGCGGCAGCAGGUCAGGCAGAUCGAGCGCUUGGAGAUCCUGCACGGGCAGACGGCGGAGGAAAAGGCCGCGACCAUGCUUGCAAUGGCCGUGAGGCUGCAGAUGUUCGCCAGGCAGAGGCUCGCAAGGAUGCGAGUUGAGCGUUUGAAGUACGCGCUUUCGACGAGUCAGGAGAAGAUCACUGCUGCAACGGCAAUUCAGUCGCUGGUGAGGGGCCACCUCAGGCGAACAUCGGUACGCCGCAUACGCCGGCAGCUUCUCGACGAGACCAUCCUCGGGGGUCGAGCUACCACGAUACAGAGAGUGUACCGCGGCCGACUCGGACGGUUGGUGUUCGUCGAAAAGCUGAGGGACGUGCGGUGUCGGGUGCUGCAAAAAGCGGCCCGCGGUUUCCUUGGCAGACGAGUGGCGGCACGCAAACGUGCGCUGCUGGCGCGGUUUGCCGCCCGAGCAUCGUCAGCAACCAUGCUCCAGUCGGCUUGGCGAGGGAAGAUGGCGCGGGACAGCUACCUCCGGGCUCGGUGCUCCUGGCUGGCUAGCCGCGAGAUUCAGCGCAUGUACCGCGGCCACCUCGGGAGGCGGGCAACCCGACGGAGGCGGGAGUGGCAGUCGGCGGGGCCCGGCGCAGAACGCCUGAAGCUGGGUUUGCGCAUGAUCGAAGACACUAAGGUGGCAUUCGUCAAACAACAAGGCGAGAUUGCGGCUCUCAAUCGGGCGCAAGAAAAAGCCGAAGCUCGCGUGUCCUCUAUCCACCAUCAGCUCACCGCCUCGGAGUCGGAGCUAAGCGUACUAGAGAGGGAAAUGGCGGAGAUUGACCAUAUCGAGAGAGAACUCGUGCAGCUGACGCACGAGCGAGACCUGAUAUCGCGAGGUAUCACGGGCGCUGCCGGCAUCCCGAAAACGGGGAGACCGCGUACGAAGGACGGCGGCGGCGGCGGGGGGGGCGAUGGAGAUGACGACGACGACGACGACGACGACGACUUCGGUAGCGGUAGCGGUAGCGGUGGUGGCAGAGGGGGAGGGAGGAAGGGGCGAGGGAAGAAGGAGUUGAAGAAGGAGGACGCGUACGCCUUGGAGAUGCAGCUGCAGCUGAAGCGGGCGGAGCGGGAGCAGCGGCGCGUGCAGCUAUCCGUUGAGUUCGCGUCGACCUUUGCGGAUGUUUCCGACAAGAAGCGGCAGCUGGAUCGCCUAAGUUCGGCCGUGGCGGAUAUUGAGGCCACGCGGCAAAGAAAGUCACGGGAGUUUGGACACAUGCAGCGCAACUUGAUGGAGCUCCUUUCGGAGCAGAAGCGAGAGCUGGACAUCGUUCGCGAGAAGGGGGUCCAGCUAGAAACGGCCGCUGCCACCAGCGCUGCUGCGGCUGCCGCCACCGCGCAACGCGCCCGAGAUCACGAGGCCAAAGCGGCGGCUAUGUACGGGCAGACGGAGGAGCUGAUGAAGUUUCAGUUCAUGUCCAUGUCACUCAGCUACUUUAGUAGCCUCAACAUGAUGAAGCAGAUGCGGGACAUCAACGCGGACACUACAACGGCGGCUAUCGCAGGCAGCGCGGACGCCGCGGCGGCCGCGGCUGCCUCGGCAGCGGCUGCUAGCAUCCCCUCACUCAAGCAGACUGGAGAUCUAGGAGGCGACGCCGUUACGAAAGCGCUGGCGGUGCGCAAGGAGAAGGUGAAAUCUACAAGAGCGGAGAUCGAGGAGGCGGACAACAGCCAACGGCAUCCUUUCCCGACAGAGUUGUGCUUGUGGACCGUGGACGACGUGUGCCGGUGGCUGGACACAUUACAGCUCGGAGAGUACAAGCAGGCAUUCCGGGAGGGAAAAGUCGAUGGAAGCUUCCUGGGCGAGCUACGGGAGUCAGACCUCAUGGACUCGAUCGGAAUGGAGCACAAACUCCACCUCAAGAAGCUCCUGCUAGCACGGCAGAAGCUCACCCCCCUUUCCGCGGCCGAACAGUCGAUGGCGAGCAGCGUCAGACGAGAGGACCAGGCGACGUCCAUAAGGGAAGAGAUUCCCGACGUGGACACCGCCUUCUCUCAGGCGAGACAUGGCAAGAAGAAGCGCCUGGAAGAGACAUUGAAUUCGGGCUUCGAGAUCAACACGGAAGACUCUAUGGGCAACACCCUUCUACUCGUUGCCGUUCAGCAGCUACAGAUGCCUGUCGUCGAGUUCUUGGUUCAGCGUGGGGCGGACGUGAACCAUCGCAACGCCACAGGAAACACGUCGCUUCACUUCGCCAUGUCGUACGACUCUAGCGGGAAGAUGGGAGAAUACCUCAUCAAUAAUGGGGCGGACGAUACAAUCGAGAACAAGCAAGGGCUUUCCCCCUAUGAUGGCAUAUAG